ACGGAGAGGUCUGUCUGGCACGUUACCACCCACGUCUGCACGGAGCACAGGCCACUCACCACUGGAAUGAUCGCACACGGCAUCGUGUUCUGCUUACUGCUGCUCUCCUCCUAUGCAGCAAAUCCAUGCUGCUCUAACCCAUGCCAGAACAGAGGUGUGUGUAUGACUGUGGGCCAAGAACGAUAUGAAUGUGAUUGCACGAGAACGGGAUACUAUGGAGAAAACUGUUCCAGCCCUGAAUUUGUAACAUGGUUGAGAAUUACCUUGAAGCCCUCACCCAAUACUGUGCACUACAUAUUAACUCACUUCAAAGGCAUCUGGAACAUAAUCAAUAAUAUUUCAUUCCUGCGGGAUAAAAUCAUGCAGUAUGUGCUAACAUCAAGGUCACAUCUGAUUGAUAGCCCGCCCACAUACAACAGCCACUACGACUACAAAAGCUGGGAAGCAUACUCCAACCUUUCGUACUAUACGCGGUCCCUGCCGCCAGUGAGAGAAGAUUGCCCAACUGCUAUGGGAGUUAAAGGAAAGAAGGAGCUCCCAAGCGUCAAACUAAUCGUAGAAAAGUUCUUACUUAGAAGAAAGUUCAUUCCUGACCCACAAGGAAGUAAUGUCAUGUUUGCUUUCUUUGCUCAACAUUUUACGCACCAGUUCUUUAAAACUGAUACCAAAAGGGGAGCCGCCUUCACUAAAGCACUCGGGCAUGGGGUUGAUUUAAACCAUAUCUAUGGAGAAAGCUUAGAUAGACAACAUAAGUUACGUCUAAAAAAGAACGGAAAAUUAAAAUUCCAGAUUAUUGAUGAUGAGAUGUACCCACCAACAGUAAAAGAUACAGGGGUUGACAUGAUAUAUCCACCACACAUGCCGGAACAUCUUCAAUUUGCAGUUGGGCAGGAUGUAUUUGGUCUUGUCCCAGGAUUGAUGAUGUAUGCUACUAUUUGGCUAAGGGAACACAACAGGGUCUGUGACAUACUGAUGCAGGAGCAUCCUGAGUGGGACGAUGAGCGUUUAUUCCAGACUGCAAGACUUAUAUUGAUUGGUGAGACCAUCAAGAUUGUAAUUGAAGAUUAUGUGCAGCACCUCAGUGGAUAUCAUUUUAAACUGAAGUUUGACCCAGAAUUGCUGUUCAACCAGAGAUUCCAAUACCAGAACCGAAUUGCGGCCGAAUUCAACACCCUGUACCAUUGGCAUCCUCUUCUGCCUGACGCAUUCCAGAUACACGAGAAAGAGUAUAACUAUCAGCAAUUUCUCUAUAAUAAUUCUGUCAUUCUGGAACAUGGAAUAUCACAGAUGGUUGAAUCUUUCACCAAUCAAAAUGCAGGAAGGGUGGCCGGAGGCAGAAACUUCCCAGCAGCGGUAUUCAGAGUGGCAGUAGCUUCAAUAGAGCAAAGCAGGGAGAUGAAAUAUCAGUCCCUUAAUCAGUACAGGAAACAUUUCAUGCUAAAACCUUUCAAAUCCUUUGAGGAGCUGACAGGUGAAAAAGAAAUGUCUGCUGAACUUGAGAAGCUGUAUGGCGACAUUGAUGCUAUGGAAUUCUACCCAGGCCUACUGGUGGAAAAGCCACGUCCAGGAGCUAUAUUUGGGGAGACCAUGGUUGAAAUUGGAGCUCCUUUUUCUCUGAAAGGUCUAUUGGGGAACCCAAUUUGUUCUCCUGAAUACUGGAAGCCUAGUACUUUUGGCGGAAAGGUGGGCUUUGACAUUGUGAAUACUGCUUCUUUACAAAAUCUCAUCUGUCACAAUGUAAAAAACUGUCCAGUUACAUCAUUUCAUGUAUUAAAGAGCAAGCCUGCUGAAUCAGCAAGCAUUAAUGCAAGCUCAAACUCUGCAUUGGACGAUGUAAACCCUACUCUUCUACUGAAAGAACGCUCAUCGGAACUGUAAGACCCUGAAAGCAGCAUUAAAAAUUCCAAAGAAACAUGCAGAAGAGCAAUUAAGUGCUGUUUAAUAGUCUACAAUCACUGAUAACUGGACACUUUCUGUAUAAGUGCCUCAGUCACAUUAUACUUCCAUGAACAUUUUCUAUAUUACAGUCUAAACUUUGAAACUUUUUUAAAGAUUCUUCAUGUUACAAUGUUACAAUGGGGAUAAAUGUUCAUUAUUUAUUAAUUUAUUCAUUGAGACCACUUUUUUUGCUAGUUCUGGUAGUGGAUGACCUGGAAAACUUGUAGACGUGCCUGUCGCCACACAGAAGAAGACGGGAGCUUGUAUCUUACUUGAGGAAUAGAGAUUGUGUGUGGCACAUGUUAUCAUCUGUACUGUAGGGAGAGAGAGAGGGAGGGGGGGCUUAGAGAUAGAUAGAUAGAUAGAUAGAUAGAUAGAUAGAUAUCACCUAUAUACUGUACGUGAGAGGGGCAUUUUUUAUUUUAAUACGAGAUAAUGAUUUUUAUAUGUUCUAUGCUGCUACAGUACUUGAAUCUUUUGCUGCUCUUACUUUCUGGUUGUAUAAAUUGAUGUAUCUUUUUUGCCAUGGGAUACUGGUACUGUACUCAGUUUUGUAAUACUUCAAUUAAAGUAGGAACAUUUUAUUUUAAAAAUUACUUGAAUUUCCAUCCCAUAUGGUAGUGAAUUAAACGUCAUUAAGGCAUAAUGAAAUGGCUUUGCAUUCAAGGUUUAUAUACCAUUAACAUUGAAAAAAAAUUCUCUGUGCUGUUAUUCUUCAUUAUGAUUUAAUAUUUGCUUUCUAUAAAGAGCAAAUAUUGAAGUCUUUAAAAUUGUGUUAAUGAGAGAAAUAAAGUUACAUGUUGACAAUAAUUUGUUUAACAUGCCAUGCCAGGUUCCAUACGUACCAUAUGGAAUGUCCACUCAUAAAACUUGCCUUCCCUUGGGGUGUCCUAAUGACACACUAAUGGCAAUAUUAAACAUUAAAUCGUUCAUGUCAGCACAUGUUUCCAUGUCAUAUUUAUUUAUACUGGAAACAGAGGUAAAAUUAUAUUCACUUUUUUAUAAAGCAGGAACAAAGAUAUUUAUAUUUUUAACAUUUGCACUGACUUAAAAGAAUUAUGUUGAGCAGGGGCUACGGCCUUUAUGGACACUUCUGGUAAACUUGUACCAGGCUGGAUGGCUGUUCCUGUGUAAGUCAUUUUAUCUCAUGUACCAAAAUUACAUUGCAAACAAUGGAGAGCUGGGACUCUUAAAUGUAUUCUAUGUAAUUUCCAGUACUAUAG